AUGAACGCCUAUCAUUGCGUUGUCGCAGUGGGGCCAAUGAGAUUCAGGAAGCGCAAUAAUUCCACUGAGUGGGUGAUUGACGAAGGUGUUGAGAUUUACAGCUCGGCCCUUAGAGCUCAAGAAAAAUUUAUCAACAUAACAGUUGAAGAAGGUGCGCCAGAACUAACGUUGCAGUGCACUAGAAAGGAACAUCUAGUGACUUGGUAUAAAGAUGGGUUGAAACUGCAGUCUUCUCCACGUCUUCAAGUCAACUCAAUCGGGAGUCUUCGACUUCUGGAUGUCAACAAGGACCACACGGGAGUAUACCGAUGCUACGUAGACCUUCACACCAAGGUGAAAUUGGUCAGGAGUUACUUCAUUCAAGUGGCGUACAAGCCGGUGGCAUUGAAUCACUUCGCCAAAUCUGUUUACCUGACUGCGGGUCAACCGGGUCAUGUUGUCUGCUGUCUGUCGGGCUUUCCUGAAGUCACUCAGGUCAUGUGGCACCGAAACCCAUCUCUCAAGGUCUCGGGCUUGAAACGCGAUGAGAGACCGUCCACUGGCGUGCAAUUCCUUCCCAGUCGACCGCUUUCCACGGAGAAACUUGUGCGAGCCUCGCAUCUAUUCAACGGCGUAACUUGCUACAAAAAACCGAUAGCAAGCGUCUGGCCGGAAAUGUCGGGCGUCUACACCUGCCAAGGAAAGAAUUCUCUCGGCUGGGGACCUCUUUCAACUCCUUUCGAUGUCUUUGUCAAAGCCCAGCCAUACUUUAUACAGAAGCCUGAGAAAUUUCCAAGCAACGAAAUUACCUUCACGGAGAUUGCGAGGAGUUGUAGAGCCACGGGUUUCCCUCCGCCCGAGAUUACAUGGUUCAGAUAUGUUUUAAAGGCGGCAAAACACAUUAAGCGAAACGUCUCUAUCUCCUUCGAAAUGAUGAAGGUGGGAAAACAGUGGAUGUUGUGUCCUGUGGAGAGCAGAACGCUUUGUUGGACGACCGAGAGGCAUGAAGUUACGACAUCGAAGGUAACGCGGGAGUUUGGCAUCUUCGGUUGUACGGCUUCUAAUGAAUUGGGCUCCCAAAUCGCCUUAACGAAUCUCGCUACUCCAAAACUCGUCUCCGAUUGGAGAGCCACUGCAGGAAUUGAUGUCAUGAAUUCUCUUCCCUGCGGACUAAAAGUCCUCGUGGAGGUGUUCAUCUGGACACCCACAACAAUUCCCAGGAAGAUGAUUUUAGAGUAUCACGAAUGCUCCUUCUGGGUAGAAUUCUCCAGCUCUCUGAGGCAAAAGCAAUGGAAACGCGGUUAG